GUUGGUUAGUUGGUCAGUUAGUCCAUCUGGUAGUUUGUUGGCAGGUUAGUCAUUUAACCAGUUAAUAAUUCAAUAAGUUUAGUUAGUCAGCUGGCCAGUUAUUUUUUUUAUUUUAGUUGAUGGUUAGUGAUUCAGUAAGUCAGUCAAUCUUUAAGUGAACUAGUGAGUCACUCAGUCGUCAGUUUAUCAGUUUUAUUUGGUUACUUUUUGUUUAGUCGGUCGGUCGGUCGGUCGGUCAGCAAGUUAACCACCAAGACAACAAGAGCAAGCCAGAGUCAUCCCUCCAUCCCUGCAGCUAGUCAGCUGGUCGGUGAGGGGAGUGACUUUCUGUUCUGCUGCCUCCAGCUGAAUGGUAGUCAGUCAUCCAGUGAUCCAGUGAUCCAGCCUCCCACUCAGUCAGUCAGUCAGACAGUCAGACGGUCGGUGGAUGUAGAUGCAGGGCUGCCAGUCAGCUGCUCUGGACGCCUCGUAUCUCUCUCAGGAUCUCACACUGUUGAUUCAGCAGAGGAGCCACUGAGAGGUUUAUUGCGGUCAUCACUAUGACUGAUGGGGAUUAUGACUACCUUAUAAAGCUCCUUGCCCUGGGGGACUCCGGCGUGGGGAAGACCACCUUCCUGUACCGAUACACAGACAACAAGUUCAACCCCAAGUUCAUCACCACAGUCGGUAUCGACUUCAGGGAAAAGAGAGUGAUGUACACGGCGUCCAACCCCAAUGGAACGACCACAGGGAAAACCUUCAAGGUUCACCUUCAACUCUGGGACACAGCUGGACAGGAGAGGUUCCGCAGCCUGACGACGGCGUUCUUCAGAGACGCCAUGGGGUUCCUGCUGAUGUUUGAUCUCACCAGCCAGCAGAGCUUCCUCAAUGUCAGAAACUGGAUGAGCCAGCUACAGGCCAAUGCCUACUGUGAGAACCCAGAUAUCGUGUUGGUAGGAAACAAGGCAGACCUGGCUGACCAGCGGGAGGUUCAGGAGAAACAGGCCAAGGAGCUGGCUGAUAAAUACGGGAUCCCGUACUUUGAGACGAGUGCAGCGACAGGAGCAGAGGUGGACAAGGCAGUGAUAACACUGUUGGACCUGGUCAUGAAGAGGAUGGAGCAGUGCGUCGACAAACCGCCCGCCGAGCCCGCCAAUGGGAACGGGGCCACAAAGCUCGGUGACGCACAGCCCAACGAGAAGAAAUGCGCAUGUUAGAUCAAGAAGCGAUUCAGGAAAUGACCAGUCAGCGCUCCUCUGUUGUCUGUCCCUUCUACUCAUCACAUUGCCUGUCUUUUACUUUCCUCAUUCUGUCAUCUUUGAUUGCAUGUUUUUGUCUUCUUUUUACACCCUUCUUUCUAAAACUAGCCUUUAACCAUCUUCUUCUCUUUUCUGUCUUUUCCUCCCACACUGUCUGCCCCUCCAGCAAUGAAACAACCCUAUCACCCUCUAGUGGAUAUUCAAGAUAUUACUGUCUCAGCCUGCCUGCAUUUGAGCUCAGUUUAGGAGGAAGUUAAAACAGGACAGUUUCAUCACUAUCAGACACAUAAUGUGCCUCGUUUAAAACAUGCAGCCUGGGAAUUAAGCUCUGCACGCUCCCACUUUCUCUCCUAACAAGUGGUUUGAAUGAUUUCAGUCAGUCAAAAAGAGAAGUUUUAAACUUUAAGACUAUAAUUUCAGCUCUUUAAAGGAUGAUCUGGUCAUCACUUAACAGGGAAAAGAUUUUGACCCCUGUUUAGGCUUGCACUGGUUGACAGACAAAUCUGGGCCAUAAAGAGUUUAACAUCAGGCUUUGAAUCUGUGUAAAUUCCUGAUGGUUUUCCUCCUGAACCAGGCUGAACAACUGUGUGAGCAGUGUGUUUUUUUUAAACCUGUUUCACACCCUAACCUGUUCUAGACUUUAGCCAUAUUUGCCAAAAAAGGUUGAUUUUUCACAGCAGUUUUUUUUUUGUUUGUUUUUUUUUUGGUUUUUUUUUGGGUUUUUUUUUUUUUUUGUGGUUCAAUAAUGCUCGAAGUUCCCUACAAAUGCACCAAAUUAGCUACGGUGUUACGUAGAAGAUCUUCAACAGCUGAGUAAUUGUGGCUGUUGACAGCUUAUUGUUGACAACCUGUCUAUCGGCUGUUAUGUCAAUUUCUUUUUUGAGGCGUACCUAUUUGUUUGUGUAUUUGUAUCAGUCUCUCUCCACACAGUCAACACAGUCUUGUUAUCCACUGUUCAAGGCUGUUGUGCCUGUUGAGCUUUCUGUGCCAAUACUUAAAGUUUUCUCUGGGGGAGCACUCAUCCAUCUUUAUAUUUGAUACUAAAACAAUAGCAUGGGUAAAGUUUAGCUAACGUAACCUACACUGGUGUGUUUUGUUUGUAUAGGACUGACAUAUGAUUGAUUAAAAAUAGCAUUUUUUGGAUACUUUGGAUACUUCUGCAUUACACUGAUAACAUUCCAUACUAAGUUAUUUUUCCUAGUAGCCUAUACUUGUUGGACACAGCUAACUCUCCAUUAGACCUUCAUGAUGGUGUCAGACUUUGCUUUUUGCAGAUAGUGAACUAUUCAUAUUGUAGGACAAAUAUGGGUACUGCAUGGUACAUGUGCAAGGGCCGAAAAAAGCCAGCAUUGGAUAUCAUUAAUGGAGUAUCAUAGACCAGGAUAGACAUAUUUUUCCAAACUGAUCUACUGCCUUGGCUUUCAAAGCGUUAUUCCACUGUCAAGGGGACACACUUAAUCUCUGGAGUUUGAUAAACGUCAGCUGUAUCAGUUGCUCUGGGGGUCCAUUGUUGCCAUAACUUAUUAGCAUUUAACUGCAAACGAAAGAAAAUUGAGAAAAUUUCAACAAUAUAACAAAUAUGGUGUUUGAGUCAAUCAUAACUGCACUGAAAAAACUUAAAUGAACAGGUGAGUGAGAGGGUAAUCGUAUUUGAUUAGAAUCCUUUUUUUAAAUCAUGAAAAUAAAACUUUCUAAGAAUGGAAAAAAAAAUGCCAAACGUCAGGUAACGAUCUUCAGGGCAGCUGAUUUUAGAGUUUGACCUUUCAUCUCUUUUUAACAGAUAAUCAGACCAAGUGAAAUAUCGCUUUAAGGCCCCAUACAUGACCAAUGUUGGUAGAAUAUAAAGUGAGCAGUUAUUUAUAUUGGAAGAAAAGUAAAACAUAUAUAUAUAUAUAUAUAUAUAUAUAUAUAUAUAUAUAUAUAUACAAUAUAAUUUCUCUUGUCAUAUUUCCUGUUUUUGUUAUAUCGCUCACACUCAUUUCUUCUUUUGCUGUUGUUAUUUUCAUGUAUGUCAAGAGCAAAUUGUUUACUGCGUUUAUAUUUGUGAUACAUUUUUUUCAUUGCUGUAGUGCCCUUGCACAUAGAUGUCAAAUUAUCCCAAAAUCACAAAUUUAUCAGUAAAAUGUGUCUCUAACAGGAAGAAAAUACACUAUUAUAGACUCAUGAAAAAGAACAAUAGAAAUUGUUUGCUCAACACUUGAAGUUAUUGGGGACCAACAUUUUGUCGUGUUUUGUUGCGCAACACUGUAUUUUCUUUUUCAUUGUUUACCAGACCAUUUAACAGCUGGUGUGCAGAAAACCCAGUGAAAUCAUGGCAUAUCGAAACUGAAUUCCUCCAAGUUCAAUAUAAAAGGCUGCAUGUUUUGUACCAUGAUGCUAUCCUAUAAAAAAUACUGUUUAUUUAAAUGUCAAAAAUCAACUUAAGUGCAACUCAGCAAUGUUCCUCUUAUCAAGUAACACCUUGAUCUGCCUUACUUUGUGAAAAAUCUUGAGCCAAGCUGAGGUGUACCAAAAACAAGGGAGAUCAUCAUUAUGGCCUGCCAUCUACUGCCAAUUAAAUCUUUAUUUUGUCCUUCAGUGAACCAGCUCUCAUAAGUUUUGUAUAACAUCAGACUGAUUUUUCAAACUGGCUGCCAAAUGGGUCAAAAGUAAAGUAUGUAAUGUGUUGCUAAUGGCAAGCUAAAACACCACAGCUUUGGCUUGACCACUUUGUCAUGUAUAUUUAUUCAUACAGUGUGCCAAAUAAAAACAGGAAACACCACAAAGAAGUAUUUGUUUUCAACAAACCCAAACCUCAUUCUGCUUUUCACUUAGAGAAAAACUGCCCUCACAGUUCAAAAGAUGAGUUUUUGUCUUCUCUUUCUGCCAACAGCUGAUUAUCUAUUUUUCCAUACACAUUUUUAAACAUUUAUGAGAGCACCUUAGUGAAAUCCUCCAUAGGUUUUGUUCAUGAAGCAAGUCCCGUCACAUUGAAACAAGUAAUAUUUCAGUAGAACUGAAAUUUAAAACUUACGCCUUGUAGACAAUUAAGGCUGUAAAUAAAAACGCUUCUUGGGCACUUGGAGGAAGUGGAAUGUGCUGAAGAAAAAACAAACAAAAAAAAAACAAAACUGACAUAUUAUCACCUUCUAAAGUUGUUUUGGCUAAGGUGUUAGCAAACAUCUGCCUGGUUAGGCAUCAAGCAGCUCUCCACCAACUCUUGAGAAACAAUAUCUGGCUCUUUAGCUGCUAAAUGUACCAUUUUCUACACCAGCUAUUUGCUAACUUUGUCUUUCUGUUAUUCAAUGCCAUAAAACCAAAACAAUCAGCUGAAAGAAGCUAAAAAGCUCAACAUCAUGCUGCAUAAUUCUCUGUGGGUUCACUAUGAGUGUCAGCUUUAAAAAUACACAGUCAUGUCAUCCAUUAUUACUAUAAAAAAAUAUUGAUUAAUUUAGCUUUAACGUGUCUUUAAAGUCUUUCAAGUAGGUUACCAAGGUUUAUAAAUUAUUUCAGUUUUUCCUAAAAAUGUAGUGAAACUGUUAAAUUUUGGGGUAGAAAAUAUCCUUAAGAUCUAUGCUCUAGCUCAGAUCAGAUUAACCAAGGAGACACAAUUGUGGCUCCCAGGCCAACUUAAACAUAAACAUAAACAAAAAUAUAAACAGAACCAAAUUAAUAGUCAUGAUCUGCACUGGUUUCCAUAUUUGAAUCUUUCUUGAGUCCAAAUCUCCAGCACUUCACCGCCUGCUGUUUUCCUUAACAUCUUGAAUCAAUGCCUUUUAAUCGUGACAAUCUUCUUAACCAAUUUGUCAGCUUUUAUUUGAGACUUCCUUCGUAUGUUGCUCAUGAUCUUUUCUCAAAUUUCAUUUAGUAGAAUAUGUUUGUCCUCUUUGCUUAAAUGUAGUAUGCAGUUGUGCCACAGUCGCAUCUUACGUUUUCUUCACUGUCUUGAAUCAUGUUUUUCUUCCAUAAAGCUUCUCAAUCUUUUGUUUUUUUUAAUUCACUUUGAAAGUUUACACUGUUUUAAGAGUCAUGUUGUGCCUGUUAUUUCCUCUUCUGUCUGAUCCUCUGUAAAGUUUGUGAGCUACUGAAUAUUUUAAUGCAUUAUUGAUUAUAGAUUACAAAACAGAGGCAAAAGAGAACAGAAGUCCUGGUGUUGUUUUUGUGCCCAGUAUAUCAAAACAACUAAUCAAUCAAAGUACCUCUAAGAGCUUUUAUUUUUGGAAAUCCUCUGUGUGUGAAUCCUCUCUGAUGCCUGCGGUUUGUACACGUUUGUUCAGUUUUCACUAUGUGUAUUGAUGCCUGUGUGUGUUUGUUGGGUUUGUUGCACCGUCAGCAUGUUUGACACCACGAGAAUGGAAUGACCUGUGAUGCGUUCAGUGUUUAUAAUGUCAGAGCUGCAAAUAAAUCUCUGUGUUUUUACUUUUAGGGCUUUUGUCUCUAGAAGAAUCGAUGCAGAUGGUGACCACUGUGUUUUAAGGAGAAACUUUAAAAAAAAAAAAAGUUUACCUCUUUCAUUGUGGAAACUCUCUAGAAGAGUCUGAUAGCAGUAACAGCGUGGCGUUUCUGUGUUGGUGAGGUGUUCACAAAAGUUCACUGCAACUUUAUCCCCAAUCAAAAUACUUUGUUUUUGUUUUUAGCAUUCAAGUCUUUAGGUUACAUAUUUUAAAUUGUGCAUGCACAAGAUAUACUGUGCUCAUGAUCUUGCAUACACAAGAUGUGUAUUGUGUUUGCAGAAGAUAAUUUGUUCACACAUUCAAGUAAUU